CUUACCUUAUCUGGUACGCACAACCUAGCCGAAAUGAAAUGAGAUGGGCAGAAAACAACACUCAUCCCAAACUCAAACCACAGCUUAAUUACAGUCCGGUUCGAACGACCACUCUUUGCACGCCAUGUUAGGCUCCGUCCUUGCACUGCUUUUGAGCACUGCACCGUUCGGCCUCGGCACUCUAUUCCAGGACGAGCAAGUGGUCUUCGGGCCAUCUCCCGAGGUUCUUGGUGCGGAUGCAAAGCACGUUGACCAGGCCAUUCUUGCAGCCUUGAAGACGCACUCCGACCCCGUCGCUGCGCUUAUUUCCCUUGAGCCCGGCAUUGCAGCCGAACUCGCCCAACCACGGCUCCUGCACGUUUCAGGAGAACGGGAGCCAGAAUGGAUGACUGAGGGAGACAAGCUGCGCCUCCGCAGACGCGGGAAGAAGUUCGCCGACAUCACAGAUCAUCGGGAUUUCUAUGCACAGCAAGUGGGAGAGUCGCGGGCUGGUAAAGCUAACCUGCCCGAAUUGACUCACCAGAGACUCGUCAAACCCCUCUUCCCCCAUGUCUCGACGCGAAGAAUGCACGACGUUCUCCAGCAUCUGACCGGCUACUACAAUCGGUACUAUGGCGGUACCUACGGACAAAUGAGCGCCGAGUGGCUCCACGACCACAUCGCCAAGAUCAUUGACAGCUCCCCGUUCGGCACCCACAUCUCUCUGGAAUAUUUCACUCACACCUUCCCCCAACCGUCCAUCAUCGCGCGCUUCGAACCCAAGGUCCGCAACUUUUCCCAGCCACAGACCAUCCUCGGAGCGCACCAGGACUCGGCAAACUACCUCUUCCCCCUCCUGCCCGCGCCAGGCGCCGACGACGACGGCUCCGGCACCGUCAGCAUCCUCGAGGCGUUCCGCGUCCUGGCCGAGCACGGCUACACGCCCAGCCACGGCCCGGUCGAGUUCCACUGGUAUGCCGCCGAGGAGGGUGGGCUGCUGGGUAGCCAGGCCGUUGCGAGGUACAAGAAGGAGCAGGGUGCGCGCAUUGGGGCAAUGAUGGAGUUUGAUAUGACUGCCUUUAUUGCCCGGAACGCGACCGAAACGAUUGGCUUCGUCGCGACUGAGGCGGACGCGGCGCUCACCAACUGGACGGUGGCGCUGAGCGAGGAGUACAUAUCCAUUCCCGCCGGAAUAUACGAGCUCUCUGCUAACGCCGGCUCCGACUAUAUGUCCUACACCAGGCUCAACUACCCUUCUGCCUUUGCCACGGAAGGUAACCCCUUGGCAAACGGUGGGUUCCCUGGCGAAUUCAACCCGUACGUGCAUGGGGUGAACGACACGGUGGAUGUCAACGACGAUUCAGGCUUCUUCUCCCUCGACCACAUGGCGAGAUUUGCGGAGCUGGCGAUUGCUUUUGCAGUGGAGCAGGCCGGAUGGGACAACACCUGGCGGUAACCAACCCGUGAGAGGACAAUUAGCUAAACCAAUAAUGAUUACUUAAUAGAAGCGACAUUCCAUAACAAUAACCACUAAUAGCUUGCAAAGACAACAUGG